AUGUCAUCUCCACUUGAGAUCCGGGACAACCUUCGUCGUCAAAUCGCCCUCCUCCGCGACCAAAUUGAGGCAAAUAUUGACAUUUGCCUCGCUAGUCCAAGCGUUGCCAGUCAUCAAGAGCGUGCUGUCCAACUCCAGGCCGAUCACAUGAGAGCCCUCCUCGCAUUCGCCGACGCCGGUGGAAUUGUACUCGCUGUCCCUCUCUACAAGAGAGACUGCCGCAACGGUAUCGUCCAAGCCCGCAAGGGAAAAAUCCAUCGCCUCCUCCACUACAAGCGGUACUUUCCCUCCGACCGAAUCCCAACCUGGCUCCGGGAGGAGCAGGUCCUCCCCAACACCGGGAUCUUCUACGCAGUCCACGCCGUCAUGAGCAAGGACGGCAACAUCAAGCACUUGGACCGCCUACGGGGACCAAUCGGUGAGCCGGGUGAGGAUGAGAGUGUUUGGAAGUGGAUGUUUUGUGAUUUGAGGGAGGAUGAGGAUGCGGGCGCUGUGGUUAGGGAGAAGAGGCGGUGGGGUUGGGCGGGGAAGUUUGGUUUGACGGAGGAGAGGGCAGGGGGAUGGGUUUGGGGCAGUAUGGAUACCAGGGAGGAUCCGGAGAGAAUGUUUGAGUUGGUUUAA